AUGUAUUAAGUAAUAUAUCUAUAGUUUAUUAGUAGGCUUCUCUGAUAUUAAGCACUGUUUAUUUGUCUUAAAAGUAGGAUUGCUUAGGAAGAUAGAUGUUUAUGUUUAAGAUGUAUAAUUGAAAGAAUGGGAAAGAAGGGAAUGAGUUCGAUUUAUGAAACAAAGGAUAUGAUUUAAGAAAUGAAGAUGAAUGAAUAAAAUUAACGAAUUAAGGAUAAUAGGGGAACAUGCAUUUUGAGCAUCAAAUAUAGAUGUAUGUAUUAAAAAAUUCACAAGUGUUCCAAAAUGGACAAAUUUAUGUGAAUUAAGGUCUUGAUAAAUAGGAGCAAAAUAUAGAGUAAAAAUAAUCCGAGCAUAAAUCUUCAGCCUAAUCAACAGUGCNCCUUAUGCUAGACUUAAAUAAUUAUGGAUAUAUAUUAUAUGUAGAUUUAUUUCCAAUUAUUUGUAUUUCAUUUAAAUCUUUUCGAAGAAGCCGUCGAGAGUUUUGCCUUAAUCCUUGGAAUAACAUCGGAUCAUCCUUUGAUAAAUUUACUAAUGGGUAUGGUUUAAUUAGAAUGAUUUUUUAGGAAAAACAUUAUUCAAUCUAGGUAGGAAAGAAGAAUCUAUUGAAUACUUUGAUGUGGCUAUCAAAAAUAAUCCAAUGUGUUAUGAAGCUUAUUUGAGAAAAAGCAGAAUUCAAUCUAACUUAAUCACUUUAGGAAUGACAUUAUUUAAUUUAGACAGAUAUCGAGAGGCUAUUGAAAGUUUUGCCUAAUUAAUCGAAAUGUAACCAACUAAUUAUGAAUUUUGA